CUGCCGCUGCGCCUGCUGCUCCUCGCCGUCCGCGCUGCAGUGCGAAGGGCUCGAAGAUGGCCGGUUGGCAGAGCUACGUGGAUAACCUGAUGUGCGAUGGCUGCUGCCAGGAGGCCGCCAUUGUCGGCUACUGCGACGCCAAAUACGUCUGGGCAGCCACGGCCGGGGGCGUCUUUCAGAGCAUUACGCCAAUAGAAAUAGAUAUGAUUGUAGGAAAAGACCGGGAAGGUUUCUUUACCAACGGUUUGACUCUUGGCGCGAAGAAAUGCUCAGUGAUCAGAGAUAGUCUAUACGUCGAUGGUGACUGCACAAUGGACAUCCGGACAAAGAGUCAAGGUGGGGAGCCAACAUACAAUGUGGCUGUCGGCAGAGCUGGUAGAGUCUUGGUCUUUGUAAUGGGAAAAGAAGGGGUCCAUGGAGGCGGAUUGAAUAAGAAGGCAUACUCAAUGGCAAAAUACUUGAGAGACUCUGGGUUCUAGCUGCUAGGCAGACUGUUAAGUAUUAGGGGAAAAUUGCUCUUAAACUUUCCUAGCUGUAAGCUUAAGUCUUAAUUCUGGAAAUUUUAUUAGCAAUGCAGGGUGAUGGGGUAUGAACCUGUGUCUCCUUUGUAUCCCUCUGUUGGUGGGGAAAGGUGUCUUUCUUUCUGCCCUCCCCCCCCAAAAUAAUUCUGUUCACUUUUGUUUUGUUUCCUUGUGUACUCCAGCAUUGGUUAUAGUCAUGGGAAAGGAAGGUGUCCACGGAGGCACACUUAACAAGAAAGCAUAUGAACUCGCUUUAUACCUGAGGAGGUCUGAUGUGUAAGCAGCCUCUCCCCAUCUACCUAGCAACUGUCUUCAUCAACAACCCUAAUUAUGGUCACAAUGCUACCAAACUAUAGAUGGUAGCUAAUUUUUCUUCACCUAUUUUCUAAUGUCAUGAUUCCUGUUUGCCCAAUGGAUCAUUUGUAUGUUAACCAUUGUAUGUAACCAACCCUUAUCUGGCAACAUAAUUGCAGCACAAUAAUGAUUUGCAUGAUACCUUGAAAUUGGGGGGAGGGGGCAUGCCAAGUUGGGCAUCACUUUGUCUUAGCAAUUAAUGGGAUAUUGAUUACUAAAAUAAGUUAAUAUUAAGCAAGGUGCCGGUUGUACAAUCUCUGAUCAGUGUCUUUUCAGCACUUUGAGCAUUUACUUGGCUCAUUUAGUCUUCCUUUUGUAGCGCAUGGUUGGGAGGAAAAAGUGCAUGCAUCUUUCCUUCACUCUUCUCUUUUUCCUACCCGCCCCACCCCCCGCCGGGCCCCCGACUCCCUUCGGACAUAGGCAUUUGGUUUGCGUCCAUCUUUUUUAAUGCAGUGCCUGUUUUUUUAACCAAUUAAUAUCCCUUUUGUUGAUGAGCUAUUGAGAGCUGCAGUAGUUUGCUUUUAGUAUUGUUGUUGCACUUGAGUAGAGACAAACCUUUAUUCAUAGUGUCUACAGGACAUAUGAAGAGUGCAAUGGCAAAACAAGAGCAAAAAGCACUUCCUCCCAUGACCUUACAGUAACCAUACUGAUUGAAUCCCCAGGGACAUUCCAUCAUUGCAAUAGCUCAGAUUUUUCUUCCUUUUUCUUUGCACACCAGCUCUACUCUUUAGUAAAAUUGUAAAAGGCUGCCAUUAUGGACAUUAGGUAUCCCAACAUAACCAUCUGGAGUGUGUCCAGUUUGUUCUUCAUAGGACCAAUUUUUAUUUGCAGCUUGAGUUUUUAUAUGAAGUUGCAUUUUUGUGGACUUGGCUGUCUUGUGAUGAAUUUUUUUCAUAUGUAUUCUGUGCCAUACUAUUGUUAAAAUGAACUGUUGCUAUUGUGAGAUGGAUUUUAACUGACCUAUUAAGGGUUUCUUUCGAAUGGCACUACUUUAGGGACAUUCUAGUGUUUGCUUCUAUUGUUUGGGCCUUGUGGAUAAUGUACAGAUUUAAAAACAAAUCUUGUUGCUGAUUUGUCCAUUUCUUUCCCUGCACUUUGUUACAUCUGGGAUACAGUCUAACUCAUCUGAUUUAAUAUGCAUUUAAAAAAAUGCCAUAACUAUUAAACACCUUGUUUACAGACAGAUGAAAUAAAUUUAUUCCAACCAAA